AGGCUGUGAGUGUUUUGAUCCUCGAGCGUUGCUUACCAAUGCCAUCGCCGAUCCACCGAUAGGACCUUUACGGCCCUCAUUAUGAAGGAAUACGGUCUAAAUUACACUCUCUGGCCUCUGGUUCUUCACCAUUGGAGAAAAUUGUUCAGCUCAGCUCUGCUGCUGUUAUUAUCUUCGAGCGCUCUUUCUAUCUAUUCGACCAGCGGCGCUAUUUUCGGUUCCAGCGGGAGUCUGUUCACCCUCUGCAUGCCGCUCUCGAGCAGUACAUGGCGUCUCCGCAUGCAGCUGCUGUCAGGGAAGCUGUGAGCGUUGCUAUCUAUGCAUACCAAGGAAACUCUUCUACUUGGAAGGCGAUGCUAGGUUUGGAAAGUUCUGAGAGGAAGUUGAUCAAAACGAUUCUUGAAGUCGCUUUGCAGCAUCGCCUGCCAAGAACUUGAUGUUAUGAAAUCUAUCACCAACUUCGAUGAUGUUCGGAGUUGAGUUGGCGGUGAAUGCAGGAUUUUUGAAUGGUCUAUUGAGGUGGACACAGGCAAUGUAAUUGUAUCAAAUGUUGUAUGUGGUGGUUUUUCUGGUAUGGCGUAUGCGCGCGUGAAGCA